UGGGGAGUCAGAACUGCAGUCCCUUUCGUUGACCUGUGGAGAGCAACAACUGAAAGCCACACCCUGGUCCCUAUGGGAACUCCCCGGAACUAGCAAGGGAGCAUCCUGCCUCUUCUCCCCUCUAGGGACUGGCCAAGUCACCAAGGGUGGGGGGGGGGGGGGGAUGCUCCGUGCUUUCCUAUGGUGCUUGCUGUUUUGCUAGUGCUGUGGAUGGGGGUUUGUAGGCUGGGACCUGAAAAAGGAAGCAACUGGGAUUUUCUGGAGAGAGCAGCUAGUAACAGAAAGCGGAACCCUGGGAUGUGGCCCGGCUAAGCCCCCCUGCUCUUAGGAUCUGAAGUCUCCUUCAGAGAAGAGCCUCCUGGCGCUGGAAGGUUGCUGGACCUCAGGAUGGAUGCCGUGUGCGAAAGUUCCAUCGGGGAAUGCUCCGGUCUGCCCUCUGGCAAGAAGGCGAAACUCCCACCGCCCAGCAUAGUGCUCCAAGUCGAACCCAAGGUUUUCUCCCAGCUGAAGCUGCCCUACAGCAUCAUCCUCACCACCCUCUUGUACUGCGGGGAGUUUGCGUCGGCGGCAGUCCUGACCGCCUCGUACAGCCGCAACAGCGACCAGUUCUGGCUCCUCCUCACCCUCCUCUUCAUGCUGAUGCCCUCCAUCAUGGACCAGCUCACCCUCAUCUUUGUCCACCGAGACCUGACCAGCGACAAACCCAUGGUCUUGUGCAUGCAUCUCCUCUUACUGGGCCCCGUCAUCAGAUGUCUGGAGGCGUUGAUAAUGUAUUGCCAGGUGGGGACACAGGAAGAGCCAUACGUCACCAUCACGCGCAAGAAGCGGCUCCGCAAGGACUCGGAGAUCGAGGUGGAACAGGAGGUGGGCCACUCGCUGCGCAGGCUGGUCACCCACCGCAACGCCUUCAAGCGCAUGGCUGUGAUCCAGGCCUUCCUGGGCUCCACCCCACAGCUCACGCUGCAGCUCUACAUCAGCGUUGUGGAGCAGCACAUACCUCCCACACGAGCAGUCCUGAUGGGCAUCUGCUUAGUGUCGGUCACCUACGGAGCUUUGGUCUGCAACGUCCUGGCCAUCCAGAUCAAGUACGACGACUACAAGAUCUGCCUGCGCCCGCUGGGCUUCAUCUGCAUUAUCCUCUGGCGCUGCUUGGAGAUCUCGACCCGCAUCACUAUCUUGGUCUUUUUCGGAAGUGUCUUCAAGCACUACGCACUAGCCAUUGGGAUGGCCAACUUCCUGGUGCUCUUCUUCUUGCCGUGGAUACAGUUUUGGCGGAGCGGUGCCGAGCUGCCCGAUAACGUAGAGAAGAACUUCAGCCGGGUGGGCACCAUCUCCGUUCUGUGCUCCAUCACUCUGCUCUACGCUGGCAUCAAUGUCUUCUGCUGGUCUGCUGUGCAGCUCCGGCUGUCCGACCGAGACCUGAUCUCCAAGUCACAAAGCUGGUGGUAUUUGGUGGUUUACUAUGUGUUGCGGGGCGUGGAGAACAGCGUGUUGCUCAUCCUCUGGUACAUCUUUAAGACAGACUUCUAUGAAUACAUCUGCAUGCCCAUGUUGGUGGUGCAGCUCAUUGUGGCCUACUGCUUGGCCAUCGCCUUCAUGCUCUUCUUUUACCAGUACUUCCACCCAUGCCGCCGCCUCUUCAGACACAACAUCGCUGACUUUUUGGAGUGCGUCUGUUGCAAGUCCAGGAAGCCAGCCCGUUCCAGUCACCUGGAGCCCCCCUGUGAACCUGGAGUUAGGCACAGCAUAGUCUGAUAGGACAGAAACUAAGCCGAUGCUAAGCCAAGCCCGCCAAACAAGGGGUGUGGAUGGUGCCACAUGUCUUGCCAUCUAGUUAAGCCAGAGAGACAGACCUUGAUUUUAUGGUGCUAGACUUCCUAAAUGGGUGGUCUUCCGGUGUAUCACUUGGAACUGGCACAACCGGGCCUAUCUGGGUGAACAAGAAGGGACCAGUUUCCCUUUCCUGAUCUUCCUGCAGAGGGGGGGGGGUGUCGGCAUCAUAGGUAGAACGGGCAAGUAUAAGUUGCAAAUGAGGGACUUCGGCUGAGAGAAGCGCUCUGGCCAUAGAAGGACUGUCAGGUAAUUCUCAGAUGACAGCCGUUUGCUGGCACAUUUGCUCUGGUUGCACCCAGUUGCAAGAUACCUACCAUGCCUGGUGGGAAAGUACCAUGGAUUAGCUUUACCUAGAGCAUCAUGGGAGGUGCUUCUGAAAACCAGUGAGCCUUGCUGAUGUUUAGCUCUGGCUAUUACUCAGCAUCACUGUGAUACUGCAGCCUUCCUCAGUUCAGAUAAAAUUGUACCCCCCCCCACCGUUUCCAAGAGGCCUGAUAACAUGUCCUUGCUUUGUUAGCAAGUCAACCCAGGAGAAGACCUCUUCUCCCGUCCCCACCCCUGGUGCCCUCCCAUCCUUUAUAACUGUGUAUUUAUUUAUUUUGUUGAUCUGGAAAUGGACAGAUUUUACAUUCAACGUGCCGGGAAGCAUCCUGCACUUUAAAAGAAUCCUCCUUGUUUGAUGGGUCUCAUUUCUGCCGUGUCAGUCUGGAA